AUAUUCCGACGCCCUGGAUCUCGAGCCGGUAGAAAACGAGAAGAUACUGAAGCAAGCGCCAGUGCUGGUAAUGGACAAAGUAGCUAUGUAGACGAGCGAAGUUUGUCUCCAGAAGCUGUUAGUUCAUCGCGAAAGCGAGACGGUGCGACUGCGUCAGAUUUCGAUGCCAUUGCCAAGGCUCCUCACCUCACUGCUUCUCAAUUACAUGGAUUGUUGCAGAUUGACGCAUUCGCUUCAAAAUAUCCUCAACUGGCCAAGCUUGACGAUAUAGACAUAUCGUUGCUGUCACGUUUCCUGUACACAGAAGAUGAAGUGAAGGAUGAGGAUGUACCAUGGACGUGGGAUUACAUAUUUGCUUCGGUCUCUACUGAAUUAAGGGACGAGUGGGCACAGGAAGAAGGCGAUGAAUCAUGA